AUCUAUGCUAAUUUAACAUACAGUUUGAAUAGCUUGUUGCGCAGCGUUGCUCCGCUCUUUUACGCGCAGCUUUGCUCUUGCUCUCUGCUUGUUUACUUCGCUGCUCAUUCGUUCACUGGUGGUCGAUCGCAGUUGAUGUGAUUUUUGAUUUUUUGCGCGUUCGCGUGAAAUUUUGUUGUCGUGCGCGCGCUUUAAAAUAUUUUUAAUGGAAAUUGAUUUUGAUUAAAAAGUGGCAGCCAAAUAAAUAAUUGAAAUCGAGAUUGAAUGCGUGUGAAAUUGGCAAGAAAUACCAGCUGUCAAAAACCAAUACAUGAGCUUCCGUGUGUGUGACUGUGUUUGUAUAUGUGUGUGCUGUCAGGGUGCGUGAAAAAAUGCACUAAACAAGAAAUCAAAGCAAAUUAGAAAAACAACAAAAGCAACAAAUAUGCCAAAUUAAGGCAGCACAAAUCGAACGCAAAAAAUAAUACAAUCAAUAAAUUUCUAAAAGAAAAACAAAUUGAAAUUCCGGUUCGUGCAAAAACAUGCAAAAUACAAUGCAAACUUUUCCAGCAGCCGGCGCUGCUACGGAUGCGCCGUCUGCGUCGCCGCCUGACUUUGAUUUCCAGAUGCCGUGUCGCUAUUUCAAAAGUUCUUUUGCGCGUUCGCUUUCGCUGAAUAACAGCAAUAAUAACAACAACAAUAGCAGCGCAUUGGCAUUGCCUAAGAACUCGCCGCAAAUUGAGGCCAAACAGCAACAUCAACAACAGCAGCAACUGGAGCAGGAGCCGCAACAGGAGUUGCUCUGCUCGACGCCGCCGCCAGCGCUGCCUGCACGACGYCACACGACUAGCAGCAGCAGCAUCUUGACACAUUUCACAGCAGCGCCGGCUAAUCAGCUGCCAACGCAAAAACAGCAGCAGCAGCAGCAACAACAACAGCAGCAACAACAACAACAAAAUAAACAUCAACUGCAGCAACAACAAUUCAAGCGGAAUCUGAAUCUUGCCCUCAGUUGGUCUUUGCAGGAUGCCAGUCAUGUUGCCGCACCCAACAACAACAGCAGCAGCAACAGCAACAACUUGCCACAGCAAGCAGCAGCAACAGUGACGGCAGCAGCUGAGCCAGCGUUAAAUGUCGAGGCUGUCAUAUUGCAAAAUCAGGUGGACACAUUGCAAUGGCAAUUGAAGCAGACCGAAACCAAUUGUGAAAUGUAUCGUGCUGUCAUGGAGGAGGUUGCUCGCUUCUUUGAGCGCUAUCAGCAGCAGCAGCAACAACAACAGCAGCAGCAACAACAACAACAGCAACGCCAACAGCUGGCGAAUCGACACAGUUUGGGCGGCUUGGGGGAGCAAAUCUCGCGCUCAAAGAGUCUGCAUCAUGUGCAGGGCGUGCAGAGCGAUCCGAAUGGCUGCCAUGUGGAUGCAACUGGCGGCAGCAACUGCAACGGCACCGCUGCCUCAGCCACGCACUCUGCCUCGUAUAUGCGCGCGCGCAGCAGCACAAAUUUGAUGCUAAACAAAUCGAUGCUGACGAUGAACGAGGAGCACGGCUACGAGAGCAUUGCGCCCGCCGGCAGCUACAAUGCCUUCAAGGACUUUACCUGGCGUCGCUCACCCAAGAAGCUGGGCGGCUGCAAGUCGCGUUUGUCUUCGCCCGAGGCGGCCGAGGAGAAGCUCAACCAGGAGGCAUUUCGUCUGGCGCGCACCAUACGCAAUCUGUUGCACACAUCGCAGCAGCAGCCGGAUCUCACGAUGCUGCCACACGGCGCGGCUGCGGGCCAGAGACUCAGAAACCAGAGCCAGAAGAGCAACGCUGCCUUGACGCUGAUGGCGGCGCCGUUGCAUAACUCGACUAGCCUGGAUGCACCGGCUGACAACAACAACAACAAYACCACCACCACGACAAACAAUACCACCACCGCCACCAAUAACAACAACAGCCCCACCAGCAGCACCACUUCCUCUGCUGUUAGCCCUGAGCUGCUCUUCUUGCGCGCCAAUACGAUGCGAGAUUCUCGACUAUCGCUGCGCAGCUCUACCGACAGCUCUGUGCAUUCCACCAUCUCCUCGACGGCCUCGUCCUCGUCGAAAAUAGAAACCGAUGAAGAGAACCACACAGCCAGCACCACCAGCAAGCAGAGCCCAACGACUGUCACGAGCAAUCAGCACAAUGGAUCCAGCACAGAGGAUGAGAGUGGCUUCAGCUCGAUUAGCUCGUUCCAUGAUGUGGGUCUGCCACUCAGCUCCACCUUGAUAGGUGGCAACAGCUGCCGUCUCUCGCUCUCCACAGAGAGUCGCAACUCGACGCUCAAAUCGGCGCUGAACGGGGUGGGCGUGCCACUGCAGCCCCAACAUUCGCCCAGCAGCAGCAGCAGCAGCACCUUGAACUGUCAAUCGCCCGCGAAGACCUAUCGUAAUGCGAAUCGAUAUCAGCGCUUCUCAACGCUCUCCAACGAGGAUGCAGCCGCUGUGCUCUGGGUCUAGGCUACACGCAUUUCGUACCCCCACAUAAAAUUAAGUUUUAGUUAUUGUUUUUCCCUUUCGCUAGUGCCUCUCGUUUAGUUUGUAGCCGCUCCUUAAUGUUUAAAAUUUGUGUACUUUAUUCUAGUAAUUUUA